GCGAGUAUGAAAGAUUCGUGGCCGAGGAUAUUAAUAGCGAAGGACUAGAAAAAAAUAAAUAAAGUAAAAAAAACAAAAAAAGGUGAUUGCAUUGUGAGUGAUUCAGAUGUAGUUAGACACAUUUACUAAGAUAAUUCUGGAAGAUCCCUUAUCUGCUUAUUGUUUUAAUAGUGUUUUAGUGAGAUUUUAAAGAUUGUAAAGGCAUACCUCGAGGUCGGAUGGCUGCGGUGAACACGAAGUGUCUCAGAGAGAAGCCGAGGAGCCAAGCUCACAGCUGCCUUUUUUAAAAUGGCAGCUGCUGCAGGACGACGAAUAAUCCAUUGAUGUCUCCGACCCAGCAAAAUCGGCGGCGACGAGCCUGACAGAAGAGACCUGCCGUCUCAGAAGCUUUUGCACAUUGACUUGACACAGGAUUUUGACUCCAUCCAGUCACCCCCCUGCGGUGUGGCUACCAAGAAACCCCUCGCUCUUUCAAAACUUUGUCCAAGUUGAUAAAUGAGUGAGCCAGCUGCAAGGGAAAGGGCGGGGACAUGUACCAGAACCCCAACAGAAUGUCCUGGUUCAGUGGUUUCCUAGUCGCCAGAGUGGAUGACCGUAAGACUGCGUGGGGGGAACGCAAUGGCAAGAAGUCCAAACGGAGGGGAGGCUCAUCUUUGUGCAACCCACGUUACAUGAGCUGCCUGCGGGACCCAGAUGCCAUGGACCCCCCAUCUGGAGCCCCCCUCCACCAGCACCACCGUGGAGUCGUGGCAGGGGCCAUGGGAGGUGGGAGUAACUUUGGUGCCCGAUGCGGCUGGCAGGAGGACCACUACGGCAAAAGAUCCGGGCCUCACAGGGAAGGGGUGGGGCUGAAAUCAGUGGACUUGGACUUUGAGGACGGGGAGUUGAAGGGCAGAAAAGGUGGGUGUAACGGUGGAAAUGGCGACAUGGGCGAAAACAGCACCAACGGUGGCGGGGUGGUGACCGCUGCGGAUUGCUGGCUCAGGGUGGUGCGGGUAUUCCAAUCGAAAAAGUUCCAGUCCCGCAAGCUGGAGCGCCUAUACCAGCGAUACUUUUUCAGGCUCAACCAGAGCUCCUUGACCAUGCUGAUGGGGGUACUUGUGAUUGUGUGCGGCAUCAUGUUGACCUUCCACUGUGUCCACGCCCCCCCUCACGUGGCCUAUUCAUCUGCAUUAUCGGUGGCAAUGGCGCUCUUCAUGGCUCUUAUGGUAGUCUGCAACCGCAACGGCUUCCAUCAGGACUACAUGUGGAUGGUCAGCUACCUGGUCAUCGGUGUUUUGCUGUCAGUCCAAGUGUUCGGGGUGCUCAUGGUGGCUCCUCGGAGCGCUUCGGAGGGCAUCUGGUGGUCCGUGUUUUUCAUAUACAUCAUCUACACCCUCCUGCCCGUAAGGAUGAGGGCGGCCGUGUUAAGCGGAGCAGUGCUGUCCAUCAUACACGUGGUCACCACCUGGCAGAUCAACCAGGAGGACGAGUUCCUUUGGAAACAGGUGAGUGCAAAUGUCCUUAUUUUCCUGUGCACCAACAUCAUUGGAAUCUGCACCCACUACCCUGCUGAGGUUUCUCAGAGACAAGCCUUCCAGGAAACCAGAGGAUACAUCCAGGCCAGACUACAUCUGCAGAGGGAGAAUCAGCAACAGGAACGUCUGUUGCUCUCGGUGCUGCCAAGGCAUGUUGCCAUGGAGAUGAAGGCUGAAAUCAAUGCCAAGAAGGAAGACAUGAUGUUCCAUAAGAUCUAUAUCCAGAAACAUGACAAUGUCAGUAUUCUGUUUGCCGACAUUGAGGGUUUUACCAGCUUGGCCUCCCAGUGCACGGCUCAAGAACUGGUCAUGACACUCAACGAACUGUUUGCCCGUUUUGACAAGCUGGCCUCGGAGAACCAUUGUCUACGUAUUAAAAUUUUGGGUGAUUGUUACUACUGUGUGUCUGGACUACCUGAACCCCGAGCUGACCACGCCCACUGCUGUGUGGAAAUGGGCGUGGACAUGAUCGAGGCCAUUUCGCUAGUGCGUGAAGUGACAGGUGUCAAUGUCAACAUGCGCGUUGGCAUCCACAGUGGGCGUGUGCACUGCGGGGUCCUAGGACUCAGGAAGUGGCAGUUUGACGUCUGGUCUAACGAUGUCACACUGGCCAAUCACAUGGAGGCAGGAGGCAAAGCAGGGCGGAUCCACAUCACUAAGGCCACUCUGCAGUAUCUCAAUGGCGACUACGAAGUGGAGCCUGGCUUUGGAGGGGAGAGAAAUGUCUAUCUGAAGGAUAACAGCAUUGAAACCUUCUUGGUCCUCGGAUGUAGCCAAAAGCGGAAGGAAGAAAAGGCGAUGAUGGCGAAGAUGCAGCGGACCAGAGCCAACUCCAAUGAGGGACUGAUGCCACGCUGGGUCCCUGACAGAACUUUCGCUAGGACAAAAGACUCCAAAGUCUUCAGACAAAUGGGCAUUGAUGAAACCUCCAGUAAAGACAACCGGGGCGUUCAGGAAACUAUAAACCCAGAGGAUGAAGUAGAUGAAUUCUUAGGACGAGCCAUCGAUGCUCGCAGCAUUGACCAGCUAAGAAAAGACCAUGUUAAAAAGUUUCUGCUUACCUUCCAGACGUCAGGCUUGGAGAAGAAGUAUUCCAAGAAAGUGGAUGAUCGUUUUGGAGGCUAUGUUGCUUGCACUCUACUAGUUUUUUGCUUCAUAUCCUUCAUACAGAUUGUCAUCUUUCCACACACUCCAGUCAUGCUGGGAAUUUACAUCAGCAUCUUCAUCAUCCUGGCCAACAUCCUUUUCAUCUGUGCCAUAUACUCUUGCAUCAAGCUCUUUCCAGCUGCAAUGCAGACCGUUUCAAAGAAGAUUGUCCAGUCUCGCACCAACAGCACUCUUGUCGGAGUGUUCACUAUUAUCCUUGUCUUCAUCUCUGCCUUUGUAAACAUGUUUGCCUGUGACACCAAGAGCUUACCGGAGUGCGUCGCGGAGAAGUCCAACACGUCCGCCGCCUUGGUGACGCCAUGCUUGAUCCGCAGCUUGAAUGUGUCCGUUGAAGGGGGUCUAGAAAUGUGUCCCAGUGAAGGUCCCUCUUGUCCCUUUCCUGAGUACUUCAGCUACAGCGUGCUGCUGACGCUGCUGGCUUGCUCAGUGUUCCUGCAGAUCAGCAGCAUUGGGAAGUUGGCCCUGAUGCUGCUCAUCCAGUUCACCUUCCUGCUGCUGGUCGAGUGGCCACAAGUAGCACUGUUCGACAAUGCAGACCUCUUUGUCACCUCUAAUGCCAUUGAUCUCAAUGAAACAAGUAUACAGUGGUCUAGUUUCAAUGAAACUACAAGCCAGUGCCCAUUUGUUGUGACCAAAGUGUCCCUGAGGGUCAUGACCCCAGUGAUCCUCACAGUCUUUGUGCUGGCGCUGUACCUGCACGCCCAGCAGGUCGAAUCGACUGCACGCCUGGACUUCCUGUGGAAAUUACAGGCCACUGAAGAAAAGGAGGAAAUGGAGGAACUACAAGCCUACAAUCGUCGCCUCCUCCAUAACAUUCUGCCUAAAGAUGUCGCUGCUCACUUCCUGGCACGUGAGCGACGUAAUGAUGAGCUGUACUACCAGUCCUGCGAGUGUGUGGCGGUUAUGUUUGCUUCCAUCAGUAAUUUCUCAGAGUUCUAUGUGGAACUGGAGGCCAACAAUGAGGGUGUGGAGUGUCUGCGGCUGCUCAAUGAGAUAAUCGCUGACUUUGAUGAGAUCAUUAGCGAGGAUAAGUACAGGCAGCUGGAGAAGAUCAAGACCAUUGGCUCCACUUACAUGGCCGCCUCAGGACUCAAUGACUCCACCUAUGACAAGGAGGGACGCUCCCACAUUACUGCGUUGGCCGACUAUGCCAUGAGACUGAGGGAGCAGAUGAAAUACAUCAAUGAGCAUUCCUUCAACAAUUUCCAGAUGAAGAUUGGCCUGAACAUUGGACCAGUGGUCGCAGGGGUCAUUGGGGCCCGGAAGCCUCAGUAUGACAUUUGGGGAAACACAGUUAAUGUGGCCAGUCGUAUGGACAGCACAGGUGUACCAGACUGCAUACAGGUGACGACAGACCUCCACCAGGUGCUGGCAAACAAAGGGUACGUGUUGGAGUGUCGCGGGGUUGUCAAGGUCAAAGGUAAAGGCGAAAUGACAACCUACUUCCUGAAUGACGGACCGCCGAACAGUUAGCAGCCAUGGCAAGAGCAGGGGCCCCUGCAGGGACAUCCACUGAGUGAAGACUCACGGGGUGAGCAGAUGGCAGAAAAAAAAAAAAAAAACUAUAAACGCCAUCACUUGAAUCCCGAGCAAGGAAGUGA